AUCAUUCAGUUUAGUUAGCUUUGAAACGUUGAAACGUUAGUUUGAAACGCCAUGUUGUCGCUCAAGCGAUAUAUGGAAAUUGGCAUUGGCCUUUCGGCUUUUGGCCUAACUAUGGCCACACUUGCGCUGCCUUAUCGCUGGAAUCAGAAAUUGGAGGAAAUUCGCCUACUGCAGUUCGCGGCUACGUUGGCGCUACUUUUCGGCGUGCUGAAAGCGCACAGGCAGCACAAGGAUAAAUUCCAAAUCUUCUGGAUGCUAGCAACUUCGAUCACGCUCAUUGCCCUGCUCUAUGCUGGCUUGCAGGAGCUCGUCGCGCACUAUUCACUGCUUGGCUGCACUUUGGCCUGGUGUAUUUCAGUGCUCGUUGCUGGUCUGCUGAACAUCCUCUACAAUCAUUAUGUGGAAACAACAAUUGAAGCUGCGGAAAACAGCACGGAGAUACUGCAGACUCAUCUACCGCCUACGAUGGAUCCCAAAAGACCAAUAAACACUUUUGUUUAUGGCUAA